UUUUUGGAUAACAAACGAUUACUUACAGAGGCAAAACUCGCAUUGAAAAAAUCCCAAAGAAAAGAUUAUUACAAAAUUCUCGGAAUUUACAAAAAUGCAUCAACAGAUGAUAUCAAGAAAGCUUAUCGAAAAAGAGCGAUGGUCCACCAUCCAGAUCGUCAUGCAAAUGCUCCUGACAGAGAGAAGAAGGAACAAGAGAAGAAGUUCAAAGAAGUAGGCGAGGCUUAUGGAAUUCUUUCUGAUCCGAAUAAACGAUCUCGUUACGAUAAUGGUCAUGACAUCAAUAAGGAUAUAAAAGAUAUGGAUCAAAAUGCGAUGUUCCGCGCUUUCUUCUCGCAAAAUGCAGGAACAUUCUCUGGAGGAUUUAUUUUUCAUAUCGUUUAGGAACUUAACAAAAAAAAUUUUCCGGCGAGAGAAUCGUAUUUUCAAUCAGUGUGUGUGUACCAAUAAUUCAUCCAACAAAUUUUAUUUCGCCACUAAUGCGAAAUGCAUAACGAGACGUUCGCGCACGUCUUAACACUACUUUUUAAACUGAUAAAAGACUUCUUAAUUAUAAUGAUGAGGAUGAUAAUAAUAAUAAUUUCAAUUAAUGCUGAUCGUAGAAAAAAAAUGUAGCGUUAAGACAAGCAAAAUUUAUACAAUUUAGAAUAUAUUACUCCUAGAGUAACAAAAAAAAAAAAAAACAAAAAAAGCAAAAAAAAAUAUAAAGGAUUGUUUUAUGAUAAACAAGUCCUUAACUCUUUUAACUUACACUCUUAAUCUACAUAUUUACAGAGUGUCUAGCAUUUAACAAAAAAAGUCAGAAAGAUGAAGGAAGUUGUUUAUACAAAGCAACAAGAUUUUUUUUUCCAUUAAUUUAGAGAAUUUAUUUUCUUUCGAAAGUCGAAAUUGUUCGAUAUUUUGAAUUGUUUAUGAGUUACCUUAUGUAUUUAGUGUAUUUUUUUGCGUUUUGUAUUAUUUAUAGAAUUAUAUGUAUAUGAAUCAGUUAUUAUAAAAAAAAAUAAUCAAUGAAGAUUGAAAACUAUAGACUUCGCUAGACACCCUGCUUUGUUAAACAUGUGUUCAUUUAACAUAGAAUUUUAUUCAAUUACUGCAAAACAUUCAGAUAUUGUGUAUAACUUAACUCAAGCAUCAAAUAAACCGUUUAAACUACCGAAA